UCCACGGAAGGCCGCCCGCCAACGUCAUCGCCGCCGCAGCCGCCGCCGGCGGGCGCGAAGCAACAGCUUGCACCACACGCACACGCAUCGCACAGGUAUGCUUUCGGUGGUGGUGUUUCGAGGACCAGUCUAAACCAGUCCGAUUGCACCGAGUUCCCAAAAAAACAAUUGGACGAAAACGAGCAUUCCCGCUGCGGCAGAACCAUUUGAUUCUUGAAAUCUCCUGAAAUAUUAAGAAAGAAAGAAAAAAAGUCCAGAACUCAAAAACCUCAAAACCUACCUUGUUGUAAUCAUUGCACACACACACACACACUAUUGUGUGUCCCGUCGACUGAAGAAGAAUGAAAAAUCGUCUACCGGUCGACUUUUAGUCAAGAUUGACAAAAAAAAAAAAAAACAAUAAACCGUCGGUUACUGAAUUUGGCUUUACAGACUCAAGUUGAAUAAACAAAAAAAUUUUGUGAUGGUGAGAUAAAUCUGUAGAGUAGGACGCUACCACAGUCACAAAUCGCCACUAGAAAAUGAAUUAUGGCGUAUCCGAGGCUUCGUCAUUACAGGACGAUGACGGCCAUAUGCUUCGUCUGCAACCUGCCCAUCCUGAGCCAUCAGGUGGGCCUGGUGUGGCAGGGCGGCAACGGAUGGGACGACAUACUGCGCGAGCAGAUGGAGGAGACCACGCUCAAGCAGCGGCUAGGCGGCCGCCGGGACUCGGCCGCGCAGAUCACCACGGAAUCGCCGCCGACCGAGACCGCGGAGACCUCGCCGCCGGUCAGCCGCCGCCGGAGACGCAGCUCGCUCGCCCAGCUCACCGACAUCCUGCGCGAGUGGAGCGGCACCGGCAUGGGCGGCGGCGGCGGCGGUAAGGCGGCCGGCCGGCCGAAGGGCAUCACCAGGCGCGAGACGCUCGCCGACAUCGCCAAGACGCUGCCUUUCGGCCGGUCCAACACCAUGACGUCAUCGAGGAAGCGCCGCGAGUCAUCCGUCGACUCCGGCAUCAAGUCUUCGUCGAGCAAAGGCGGCCGCCGGGACUCCAAGACCGACUUCAGGGCCGACAUAGCCAAGCUGUUGAACAACAGACGCGACUCGAUCAUAACGCCGAGCGUGUCGCAGCCCAGGCGCAGGGGAUCCACCGACAUUGGCCGGCCUUCCGACUUAGAUGGCCGACGCGGUUCCCGAGACGACGGUCGCAAUUUCCGUCAGCACCGCACUUGCCACAAGCGCAGAGACUCGCAGGCCAUCGUUCCCACUCAGUCCACGUCUUCCAACGGUUCGGGAGACGGCGUCGUCAAGACCACCGAAGAACACACCAUGACCCCUCCGACGAUGGUCAUCAGCAGCGUAACGCCUCCGCCCACGUCGCCGGGUGCACCGUCGCCUACACACCAGCAGCCGGCCCCGCCGUCUUUUCCCAGCACUUCGGGCACUCAACAGACGUGCGUGUCGGCUUACACGCCUCCCGUGUCGUCUCCUAGCUCGCCCGUAGCUACGGUACCGCCUCAGCUGAUAAGUGGCAUGACGCACGCGCCACCAGUGUCCCGAAGAGACUCUACCACACAAGUGUAUUCAAGAACUCGCCGAAACUCAAAGCCCCAAGUGUCGCCCGAGAGAAGACACAGCAAAGACGGGGGCCUGGGCUUGGCAGGCAAUAAACUAUCAAGACUGCAACGGCAAUCGACGGCCAUCGACGAGAGCUGCAUGCCUUCCAGCGCUUUUGGACGGAGGAGUUCGCAGCCCACGCUGUCGGCCGAACAGGACUUCCACGACCGGAAGACCAGACGGGAUUCCCUGUCGCCCGACUCGGCCCACUACGCUCGGCGUAGGGACUCCAGAGUGAGCGGAGGACUGUCGCCGGACAGACAGGCCCGGGACGUGUCGCCGGGGAGACAGAGACGACGACGAAAUUACCGAAGGCAAAGCACCACGAUGGGCAAUUACACCGUUCGCAAUUGCAGGACUUCCAGGUCGCCAGAGUCCUCGUCGUCUUGUUCGUCACGAGAGCCGUCACCCGCAGGACGGGCAGUGGCGCCGGCCACAUCUUCCCGGGCACCGGUCAUACGAAGACAAUCCACUACCGAAGAGAUUCUCAUAGCCAGAGGCUUCCGAAGACAAUCGACCACCGAGGAAAUGAUAAGGUGCAGGAAUUUCCGCAGAAUGUCGUCUCAGUCGGACGAGUGCUACAGGACCAGAGGUAGACGGGAUUCCAGCACGCAAAUUAUCGACGGUACGUUGGCAACCAUGGCAGUGGAGACCAGCAGCACGUUGUUUGACUCCAGCACGCAAACAGAAACUUCCUUGUUGUACGACAACAAGCAUUACCACGAAGAAUGUUUACGGUGCAACUCGUGCGGAAUGAACCUGACCGGCCCCAACCAGAAACGGGCCAGGAGGUUCAAAAAUCACAUACUCUGUGAUCUUCACUUUGCCGACGUGGCGUUGAUGGAGUGCUCGGAUUUCAUGCAGCAGUUGCGCAGUUUCAAACCGCAAUCGUUGGGCUGUGCCGUGGCCAGAAGGAAGAGCUCCACCACGCUGAUAUUCCCGUUGCCGCCCCAAGCUUGUGGAGAUGACAUAUGCGAGGAAUGGCCACACAAUUUCGCGCCAGCUCCCGCUUACUGGAUCGAAUGUUCUAGGCAAAAAAUCACCAGCGAGGCAGGAUGCGUCGAGGAAUCGGGAUCGGACGAGAGGGAGCUCAACAACGGUUCAAAUUCAGACGGGGGAGAAGGCAACCCGGAGUACUGUUGUAGCCGAUACGGUCGAGCUAGGGGUUCGGAUAGUUUACUUCUGGAAGACGACGAAUACUAUCCGUACGACGACGACUACGUCAUACCACCACCAAGGCCAAAAACGUCAAUAGAGGAACAAUGGGAAAAGAACAGAUGCUUUGAACUCACUUCCGUGGAACAAGAGACGUUCGAGAGGUAUUUCUAUCAAAAAGAACAUUGGAAUUACUUCACAAACGACGAAGACCUCGGUCCGGUCAUUUUGAGUCUAAAACAGGAAAGCAUAAACGGACGUGAUCAAUUCAGAAUAUUAGUCAGAGCCAUAAGUUACACGGUACACGGUCUCAUACCGGCGUCUUGCGUGUUUGCCGACCGUUACAACCGCGAAGAGGUGGUCAGGUCCUUGGGCAAGGAAAUCAAUCUCAAUCCACCGCUGGUGCUGGGCCAGCUGCCAGACACUGCGGACGAACUGCUGAAAUUGGACCAAGUCUUCAUGAAGUCUGAACUCAAAGUGGGCGUGAUAUACGUCAAGGAGGGCCAGACCACCGAAGAAGAGAUAUUGGAUAACAACGAGAACAGCAUGGCGUUCGAGGAGUUCCUCGGACUGUUAGGAGAGACCAAAAGACUUUGCGGCUUUGAUAAGUAUCGCGGCGGACUGGACACAGUGCACGAUUUGACGGGAACUCAUUCUGUGUACACCAAUUGGAGAAACAUCGAAAUCAUGUUCCACGUAUCCACUAUGUUACCGUACGAAGCUCACGACGCCCAAAAGCUGCAAAGGAAGAGACACAUAGGCAACGAUAUCGUGUGCGUGGUGUUCCUCGAAGCUGACAAUACUCGGUUUUCGCCGGCUUGUAUCAAAUCACAUUUCCUCCACACGUUCAUACUGGUCAGAGUCAGUCCGAGAAUCAGAAGGAAAACGGAAAGGACCAAAUACGAGGUGUCCGUGGUGACCAGAGACGAGGUGGGCGCGUACAAACCGUACCUCUGGGAACAGUCGGUGUUCGAAGAAAAAGACAUGUUUCGCGAAUGGAUUUUGACAAAGAUAGUGAACGGCGAACGCGCAAGUUACUCGGCACCGAAAUUCGCCAGAAUGCAGGAACGAACCAGAAGUCAGAUGCUCGAAGACAUUGUGGCCAACCUGCAAAAUCAUUGCGAGACUGGACAAAUACCCAAGCCCUACAGGAGAGGAUCCUGGAGGCCAAUCGGUCACAUGAGACCGUCCAGUCCGCUUUUGGAUUCGGUCAGAGAUCGGUUUGAAGACUACGACACGCUGGCCAAAGACUUUACGAAGUUCUUUAUUAACUCCGAGCCUAACGUUGCUCAGAAUGGUCAUAUGUUUGACGUGGUAUUUUUGGUAGGCCAGAGCAAGCAAAAAACCAGAUUUAUCGGCGUAAGAGCUAUUCUUGGCGUCAGAAGUAGGGUGUUCCAGGAAAUGUUGUACGGUAUUUCGACUGGAUUUGGGUCUCCACAAAUGCCCGUUGCAGAAUUGCUAGCCCGAGGUCUUCCAAGUCUACCUUCGCAACAACAGCAAAAAGCGAAGAGCAGUAACUUCUUACAGGUUCCAGAUAUAGAGACGCCGAGAGCGAAAAGUGUACCGAGUUCUCCGAUGAUGCGAAGAGCGUUCACCCGAUUAGGGACUUUGACGGCAGGUUGGAGCAAGUCCAUAAGGAAACAACAAAACUUGUCGGCCGACGACAAGAAGAAAUGGGCUUCUUCGCAAGACUUUAGUCACAAAGAAAAAGACAAGGAAAAAGAAAGAGAGCGUUUGGCUCAAAUGUCCGUGCCAAAAGUCAGCGUUUGUCCGAAUAACGGCAGUGACAAGAUUGACCGAGCGAAGCUCAAUCAAACAGAGUUUUCAAUUAUUGAAUUCGAUCCCGACACUUUCCGGAUACUGCUGGAUUACUUGCACACAAGCUCUUGCAAAAUUACAUGUGCCAACGUUCCCGGUCUCAUUUGCGCCGCGGAGCACUAUGACUUGCCCGAGCUGUUGCAGGCGUGCUUCCAUCACACCAAGCAACAUCUCAGAGUAGAAGUGACAUGUCUGAUGCUGAACAGUCUUGAAAACUACGUGUGGCGUUACAACUCGGCCGUGGAAUUGGUCAACUUGAUAUUCAAUUACACCGAACAAAACGCGUUGAGGGUGUUGAACCAUUGUGAUUUUCUCACUCUUUCCGAAUCGUUGGUCCAGCAAAUCAUGAGUAGACCACUGGAAGUAUCGGAAGUCCGCAAGUUCCAGGCGAUGAUCAAAUGGGCGACCAACAAGAGUCAGACUAAAGCGAACGCCAAAGAGGAGUUCCAUCACAUAAUGACCAGACUCAAAAAAGACAUAAAUCUGGUGAAAAUCGCGCCCAACGAUCUCAUAAACAUCGUUUUGCCCACGAGGACUGUUGAUAAUCAAGACAUCUUGGCGACUCUGUGCAAGCAAGCCGGUACCGGGGAGUACAAAAUCGAAAAGACUGUAUUCGAGAGGCUCAGCAGACAUAGGUCUGAUUGGGACCACGUCGAGCCAUAUAUAUAAUAAGGAAUCAAUUUAAAACAGACCAUUACUUAUAAAUUAAUAAAUAAUAUAAUCUUUACGGUUUAAGAUUUAAAAAUAAUAAUGAUAACAAAUUUAAGUUUUUUUUUUGUUUUUGUAAUAGAUUUAAGGAUUUUUAUAAAUUAAUAUUUAAAAACAAUAAUAAUAUUGUAUUGAGAGAUAUUGUUGUAAGUUAUAAGACGGCUGAGGAAGUCGACGAAGGAAUUAGGCUUGCAGUGAAAAACCUCAGGCAGUUCUUAUAUGUGUAAUGACUUGGGAAAAGGCAAUGAUCAUAACCACGAAUAACAUACAUAUAUUAUAAGCGACGUUUUACCUGAGUUCAUUAAUACUUAAAUACAUAAUAAUAUAUUUUUUAAAUCGAUAAUGAAAAAAAAAAAUUGCGAAAAGUAUUUUUUUUUUUUUUAUAUAGUUAUAAUAUUAUAAAUUAAGAUAAAAUUUAAUGAUUAUUAUAAAGCAAAAGGCAGAACCAAAAGUGAACUUAAUAUUUUUUUCUUGUAUACAUUUUUGACAUUUCAAGGUAUCAGUUAGUUGUUGUAUAGUUUUUCUUGAAACCCGUUCAAUACUAAACAAUUAUUAAUAGUUGGUAUGAAUACAAUUAUGCUGACUACGAUUAUGUAAUAAUUAUAAUUGAAUAAAAUAACUCUAAAAAUAAUAAUAAUAAUAAAAUAAUUUAAUGUGUGACGAGUUCAUGUUUAUGUUAUUGUGCAAGUAGAACGUUUUUUUUUUCAUUGCAAAUAUCUAAAAAGCGUCUAAAAUAAAUAUUUUUGCGGAUAAUAUUUACAGCUAUAUUUGCAAUUAUAUUUAUAUAACUAUAUAUUAUAUAUAUAUAUAUAAUAUAAAAUAAUAUGUAAGAGGUGUAUUUAUUCUAAAAGCCGUCAGUCCUUAUAGUAUAGGCCAAACGAUAAUCAUGAUAAAAAUUGUGUUUGUGAAUACCAAUAUUAUUACUUGACAAUUUGUUACCACCCCCCCUCCCCCGCCUCUUAUUCCCCUAAUUUAUUUUUAAAAUAAACGUUUUUUUUUUCCUUCUCGACGUUUGCCACGGUUCCUGUUGAUAAUAACAUAAUGACAGUUCUUCAUAAACUUUCAUACAUAUCAACACAUAUGCGUUUUAAAAAUUAAAAAUAAAUGCCACUUUUUCCACGUUGAGAUAAUAAUAUUGUACCAUAAAAUAUUUUCCAUGUUUAAAAAAAAAAAAAAACAGUAGUUAAAAUUAAAUAUGACAAACGUUUAGUUAAAUUAUUGAAAAUUUCCAAGCAAACUAGUUCCAAAGUCAAACACUUAUUGUGAAACAAUUUAAUUGAGAAAUAAAAGAAGCAAAAGUUAAGACGUAGUUUUUUUUUUAUAUCAAGUAAAAUAAUUUCAAAUAGGUAAAAAUUGAUGUGUGCAUUUUUCAGUUGUUGUAAUUUCCAUUAAGAAUGUCCAUAUAUAUACAUACACGGUUUCUCAUUUUGAUUUCUCAAAAAAAACAAAUUUUUACCUAUUAUAACACUUUGCAAUAUGCAUUAAUGUGUUGUAUAUGUAUAUUUUUACAAUUAAAAAGUCUUUUUUUUUACUUACAUAAGUGCUGAAAACAGUCUCAACUACAAAUCGAUAACUGAUUUUUUAAUGAAUGUAACUUGCAAAAGCCUUUGCCUGUAAUGGAUUAUUUUCAAAGAAAAUUUCAUACAACAAAUACAAUCAUCAAACUCUCUGGCUUUAAUGCCGAAUUAUCACUUUCCUGUAUAGGAAAACUAUAAUUUUUUUGUUCCAGCGGUAAACGAUAAAUCCCUCAACAAUAUACUGGCACUAAGCUUACUGCAUAGAUAACCAAACCUAACCUAACCAAACCUAACCAAACCUAACCUAACCAAACCUAACCAAACCUAACCAAACCUAACCUAACCAAACCUAACCAAACCUACCUGCAUAGAUAUUUUCUUGGGAAACCAUUGAAAAAUGCUGGCUGUCAUCUUAAUAUUACAACGAUAUCGUGGCAAAACUCUAAAGAUCAUCUUCAACAUUAUGAUAUUAUAAUAUUGUAAACAUUAUAAUGUAUGUAUUCUAAACGAUUUACCUGAUUUUAAUUAUUGGCAUUUAUUUAAAAAAAAAAACAAGAAGAACGACCAUUUGAAGUGUUAAUGAUUGUUUUCAUAAUAUGUAAUAUGUUUCAACCAUAACUUAACCCUAAGUGACGUUUGCAUUUAUCUAAUCUUAUAGAAAUCGUAGACUUAUUUAAAUAGACACUCGGAUUUAUUUUUUAAUUAUUGUAAACUACAAUAUUAUUUAACUGUGUUAAGUUUCGAAAUUUUUUAUUGAAAACAGACUUUGUCGUGUCGUUUUUACUGUGAUUUGUUCAGUAUUCAGGGACGUUAAUAUUAUUUCUGUGUAAAAAACCAAAAUCAAAUACAUGAUAAUAUAUUAUUAUGAUACGCGUUAUUUUAUCUAACGCAACAAUAUUAUUCAAAAACGACAACGCCAGAUUAGACCAUUAGAUAUGGCAAAUAUUAUUAUUAUUAAGAAUCGAGCGAGGUUAACGAAAUUAAGAAGAAGAACAUAUUAUUCAAAUUUGUACUUGAAACAAUUUAAUUUUCGUUUAGUUUCCAAUUACCUCACUCGAUCCUAAUUAUAGUUUACACAAUAAUAAUAAUAAUAAUAAUAAUAUAAAUUAUAGAAUGAACAUCGGUGUUGUUUUCGGUAUUUGUAAACUUUUAAAUUAUAUAAAUUACUAAAUAUACAUUAUUAUGUAUACUCUAAACUAGUUAUAAAAAAUUGUUGAAAUAAUAUAUACAUAUAUAUUAUAUAUUAUGUUUAAACGUCAAAUUUUUUUUGUGUUGAACGUUUCGUUUGAAACCAAAAAAAAAUUAAAAAAUGUUCACCAUACAUGUUUAAAAAACCAUCGGUGCUGGCGCACUUAUAAUUAAUUAUUAUUAUUAUUAUAUUGUAAUGUAAUUUUAUUUAUUUGUUUGUUUAUCGAAGAACGUAUAUAUAACAAUAAACAGUUCUGUACGAAA